AUGGAGGUGAAGGAUUCGGAGCUUCUGUGGCCACUGUCAUCGGUGUUGGGGGAGCUGCGACUCCUGGGGCUGUGGGUGCCGCCCCCAGGCCACCGACUGCGCCACCGUCUGGCACUCGCCUUCGUCAUGGUUUCACACAUCGCCCUCCUCCUCGGCGCCCUCGCCUGCAUCAUCAUGGACGCACCUAGCGAUCUUCCACAGCUCUCCUUCAUAGCCUACAACUGCCUCACUGACGCUGGUCUCACUUGCAAAAUGUUCUCGUUUUCGCUGGACGGUCAGCGCCUGACGGAGCUGCUGCGUCUGCUGGCGGCGUCUCGCCAACGGUUCCCCGACAAGGCCGGACACCGGGCCCGCUUCCAAGCCACGGCCGUCAAGCUGCACCGCUUUAUGCAGGUGACGUACAGAAUCAACACAGCGUACUGGCUGCUGGCUCCCAUUGUCAGGAACAUAAUGGCUGCAAUAUCCAAGAAUACUUCCUCCAUCAGCAGAGAUAUUCCCGUUCCUAUAUGGCUGCCGUUCGAUGCUCGAGCCUCACCGGUCUAUGAGAUACUGUACAGCCUUGAACUGGCUUUUGGAUUUGCUAUGUCUGAGACUACAGUGCUCAUCGACGGCUCCCUGAUAGCCUUGAUACUGCAAGUGGCCGCCGAACUGGCGGUCCUGAAUGACAAUCUCGCAGCUGGCGUUACUCCAACUCUAAAGCAGUCACCAAGUGGUGUUACCAUCACUGAAAGUAUAGUCCAGGACUCAUAUGUCCAGAAGGACGGGGAUAUAGCGCAAACUCUCAAGAUGCUGAUGGGUUCAUCACUCUAUGCAUACCAGGUCGCACUCUUCUGCCUCCUCGGCCAAAGGAUCAUCAAUCAGAGCGAACGUCUAAUACGGUCGGCCUUCAGCGGUGACUGGCCGGAUGGCGACGUCCGCUGCUGGCGCCUCGUGCACAUGCUCUGCCUCAGCACCUCGAGGGCCCUCAGCCUCAGGAUCUGCGGAAUCUUCAAGCUUUCCAGGAUGACUGUGCUGCAGACACACAUGGGGCAAACUUAUACAAUACAAGAUUUUGAAGGCAGCACAUCAGUAAAACCGGUAGUGGAGCUAACUCGUGUCACUGAAAAUUAA